GUGUGCUUUAAUUAUGAUUGGUACGUCUUUUAAAUUUGUUGCAGACUAAUAAGUAGUACUCAGACUGAAAUAUCUGGAGGCCGCAGAUUCUUGAAGCUGGUUUUUAGGAAUGAAUUGCCUGAUACAAUUUAUACUAUGUCCAAAUUGAAAGCUAGAGACAACAAUCCUCUUGAGGUCGCUCUUUUCGAUGUUGAAUCUCGGUCUAUAGUCUCUGAUGAGAAUGAUCCACUGUCUUCGAUCAAGGUAGAGAUUUGCGUCCUUAAUGGUGAGUUUGGUUCAGAUGGCAGUGAAAAUUGGAGCAAAGAUGAAUUCAAAUCCAAAAUCUUACGUCAAAGAGAGAAUAAAGGGCAGCUACUGAAAGGAGAUACGGUUAUUGCGCUUAAAAAUGGAGUAGGUUUUAUCCACAAUGAAUUCACUGACAACUCAUUUUGGAUAAGAACAGGACGUUUCAGAUUAGGAGCGAUGGUUGCAAAAUCAAAUAUGAAUGACGCAUUAAUCAUCAGGGAAGGUAUAAGUAAACCUUUUAGAGUCAAGGACUACAGAAGUAAGUUGAACAAGAAAAAGGAUCCAACCCUCAGUGAUGAAAUAUGGCAUUUUAAACAUAUAUCAAAAAAAGGGAAAAUUUUUGAGCUGCUUUCUGAGGACGGGAUACAUACUGUUGGCGAUUUUUUGAAGGAGCUUGAAACCGAUCCAUUAUCUUUGGAAGAGGUAUUAAGGAAGAAAACACUUUUAGGAUAG